AUGCCAAAAAAGCGUGGUGAUGAAAUGAACGAACGAAAAGGUCUCGAAGCGAAUGCUGGACACUUCGGAAAUUGCGAAACGUUUGACAGAUCUUUUUGGGCAUCUUUCUUCUCGAAAGUGUGAACCAUUCAUCCAAUUCUUCAUUUUUCCAGAAGAUGAGUGAUGUUCAGGAGCAGCCGCCUCCACGGGUGCCCUCCGCCGCCUCCUCUUCUUCAGACAUUGUCUUCGAAAUCGAUCCGGCUGUAAUGAAGCAAGAGAGCGCUAGGAAGUUCGAGGAUCUGUUCGCAGACCGUCAAAAGAGUGUUCGUCGCAUUCUGGAGGAGACGUUCGAGGAGGAAAUGAAGAUGUACGGAAACGGUCAGAAAAUGCCGACACCGCCGCCGGAGGCCAUUCCAGUCAGAUUCAGGGCGACGAUGUGCCCCGGACCCAUUCACGACGUUUUCGGAGACGCCCUUUACGCAAUAUUCCAGAAGUUGAAUCGCAGGUAAGCUCUCUUCAAUGUUUUGUGUGAACUUUUCAAACUUCAGAGGCCAAACUGCGGAAUACUGUCACUGGAUGGCCUACCUGAUUGCUCAUCAGUUUGAUCUGAAGGAAGAACCCUACUUCCAUCAGAUAAAAUUCUCUCCGCAAGUGUACGAAACAGCGGGAAGUCACGAGGCGAAACAAGCGUUCGCCAACGGAAUUUGGCCGACCGUCGACAAGAUUCUCAUCCAGACGGCCGAUCGAUUCGAGCCGCUCGGAGAGAAAUGGAAUGGAAUCCACGUGUCGGCGGAUCAGAUCAAAGGACAGAGGCACAAACAGGAGGACCGAUUCGUCGCUUAUCCCAGCGGACAGUACAUCAAUCACGGAACGGACCCGGUAGCCCUCCUGGCAGUGUUCGACGGACACGGCGGAAUGGAAUGCUCCCACUACGCGGCCGGCCACUUUUGGGAAGAGUGGGUCAAGGCGCGGCAGAUGUUCGACGGAUACCUUGAGCAGUCGCUCACUUCCGCGCUCUGCUCGCUGGACGAGAGAAUGACGGUUCGUAGCGAGAAAGAGUUGUGGAAGGGCGGAACGACGGCCGUCUGCUGCGCCAUCGAUCCGGAGAAGAUGGAGAUGGCAUUCGCGUGGCUCGGAGAUUCCCCAGGGUUCGUUUGAGUGGAGACCGUGUUGGAAACAAGUGAGUUUUCAUUUGCAGAUACAUUAUGAACAACGUGGAAUUCCGCAAAGUCACACGUGAGCACUCUCCGAAAGAUCCAGACGAAGCGCGUCGCGUGGAGGAAGCAGGCGGCCAGCUGUUUGUGAUUGGCGGAGAGCUUCGCGUGAACGGAGUGCUCAACUUGACGAGAGCUCUCGGAGACGUCCAAGGGCGUCCGAUGAUCUCGAACCAGCCAGAAACCGUGCGCGUCGACUACGAUGCCUCCGAUUAUCUCGUGCUUUUGGCAUGCGAUGGCAUUUCCGACGUGUUCGGCCCCGCCGAUCUCUACCAGGUUAUCGAGGCGUUCGUCAGAGACAACACAGUGGAAGGUGGGUGUGGGGAAGUGUUCCGACCUGAAGCCUUUCUUUUAGACUACACCGAGCUGGCCCGUUUCGUCUGCAGCGAGGCCAUCGAGCACGGCAGUGCGGACAACGUGACCGUCGUUAUCGGAUUCCUCCGUCCGCCCGCCGAAGUAUGGAGCCUUUUCGAAUGCGCCUCUGAUAUGUCGGAAGACGACGACGAAGAAUAA